CUAUCAAAAAGUUCAAAAUAUUCCAAUUGAUAUAAUUCGAAAGUUAGCUCUUAUCGUCAUUAAAGAAAACGUUUUCGUUUAUGAGAAGAAAUUCUAUCGACAAGUCAUUGGUGGUGCGAUGGGCUCAGCAUUUACUUUAACACUAGCUAAUAUUUUCAUGUGGAAAUGGGAGAAACAACUUGUACACCGACUCAAAGUAUCCAAUGAAAUCUACGGACGAUAUGUUGACGAUAUUUUCUUUACGUCGAACGAUUCACUCGAAUCCAUCGACCAAAUGUUAGAUGAAGCUAAUAACUUUCAUCCUAACAUUAAACUAGUGCGACAAAUUGGUAGAAGUGUUCCAUUUCUUGAUGUACUCAUUCAGAACAGAAAGGGCACUUUAACAACUUCAGUGUAUCAUAAAGAAGCAGCUGAGCCAUAUGUCGUACCAUUUGGAUCAGAUCAUCCUGGUCAUGUUUUCCGAAACACUGUUGAUACUGCUAUUGCGAGAGCAGUUUGUUAUUCAACAACCUUAUCUGAAUUCGAAGAAGAAAUACGACAAAUCAAACUCAUGUUUCUCUAUAAUGGGUACCCAUCAAGACAUAUCCAUUGGGGACUCACUACAUUAUUCAAAGUUAUCGAUACUGCUCUUAUGGUCGGAACAUAUCUCAAUCAGAAUUUGAAACAAGAAUUGAGCGCAAGAAUGAUCAAGCAUAUUCAAAGUGCUGGAAGCGAUCAAGAGGGCCAAACGCAACGUCCGCCAGAUAAACAAGCAGCGAAUAUUCAAUCGAAACAAAGAAGUCACUAA